GGAAGGAGCAAAACAGCAGAGCCACCAAGAAAGGAAGAAACGGCAGAUAAUUUCCUUUAGCUUUAGCCCGAUUAUAAGCUGCUUAAAGAAACGUUAUAAAGGCAGAAAGACGCGUUAUAACGCCGGACUGAGGCUCACUCAGCACACAGCACAUCCUCAGACUAUCAUGCAGAACAGUAAGAGUGUAAGAGUCCCACCACGGCACGUUCAUACUCUAUAGUUAGCUCAGUUAGCGACUUAGCACAGAAGUUAGCGUGUUAGCUAACACACCAGUCCUGCCUGAAAAGGGCGUUUAAAAAUACAACAAAUCAUAUUUUACUCUAGAAACUCCAGAGAUGAGGAGGAUUACAGUGUUGUGAUCAGCCUUUCCCAGUCACAUGGAAGGAUAGUAACCAUUGACUAUCACCUCCCAUGCCGUGGAAACAUCAGAAUGAAGAAGACGUUCAGCCUUAAGACGUUCCGAAAGUCGUUUAACAUCAAGGGCAAAGAGGAUGGAGAAUUUGUGAUGCUCCAAAAGCCGUCGUUGACCCCCGAGUUCACGAAAGACGAUUCUCUUUUUGGAAAUUGUUACACCAAAGAGCUAGCUUGCGACCUCCAUGGUGAGGUUGAGGCCCACAAGAACAGAUCAAAGAGUGAAAGUCUGAUGGGGACUUUAAAAAGAAGACUUUCCUCCAAGCAGAAACCUAAAAGUAAAGGAGGGUCAGCCUCAGUGGGCUUGGGAGACGAUGACGACACGUUCUCGUCCUCUUCGGUCCCCAUAAGCUUUAACGAAGCCAAAACCCAGCGCCCUUUAAGAUCAGCUUCUCUGCGGAGUCAUCAUUACAGCCCGUCCCCCUGGCCCAUAAGACCUGUCGACCCUGAGGAAGCCUGUAUUAAGAUGGAGGUGAAGGUAAAAGCCAUGGUUCACACACCAAGCUCCAGUCCGUCCCUUAACGGCGUCAGAAGAGAAUUCCAUGACAUCCAAAUGGAGGGACUUUUUGACGAUCGAAGUGAAUCUAUGAAGAAUUUGGAGCCCCCAAACAGUGACUUGCAUUUAAACAUGGAAGAACAUGUGCCUGUAGUUAUCGGACUGAGCCCUCAGGACUACAUCCAGUACACCAUGCCUUUAGAUGAGGGAAUGUACCCCGAAUCAUCCCACUCGUUGUGCUUGGAUGGCACCUCACCAAUCGAGGUAAUGGAACAAGUCAAUGACGAAUCAUUGAAUGUGGAUCAAGGCCAUGUCCACCAUGAUCUUUUAACUUCGGAUAUUCUCAUGGAUCAGUCCAUGAAUGGGAAUGUGCUUGGUACUCCAGGAAUGAAUUCGGGAUCCGAAGCUCCUUCACUCUCACCCUCACUUUCUCCGGUUUCCGCUGGCGAAAUCCCAAGAACCUAUUCCGGAUACGGUGGUGCCGAUUCGCACGUUGCCGAAAGAAUGAGGCACCAUCUAAAUUUCGACCCAAAUUUUGCUCCCGGUGUCAGCAGGGUAUACGAUUCAGUACAAAGCAGUGGACCAAUGGUUGUCACAAGCCUCACUGAAGAGCUGAAGAAGUUGGCUAAGCAGGGUUGGUACUGGGGACCCAUAACAAGAUGGGAAGCCGAGGACAAACUCCUUGACCUUUCCGACGGUUCUUUUCUGGUGCGAGAUAGCUCGGACGAUCGCUAUCUCCUCAGUUUGAGCUUUCGCUCGCAAGGCAAGACUCUCCACACCAGGAUCGAACACUCGAAUGGAAGGUUCAGCUUUUACGAACAGCCCGAUGUCGAGGGUCACACGUCCAUCGUCGACCUCAUCGAGCACUCUAUUAAAGACUCCGAAAGCGGCGCGUUCUGUUACUCCAGAUCGCGCCAGCCGGGAUCCGCGACAUACCCGGUCCGGUUGACCAAUCCCGUGUCUCGUUUCAUGCAAGUGCGUUCGCUGCAGUACUUGUGCCGGUUCGUUAUUCGACAGUACACGCGGAUUGACCUGAUUCAGAAACUACCUUUACCAAACAAAAUGAAAGAUUACUUGCAGGAAAAGCACUACUGAACUGGGAACCAGUAGUAAAAUUGCACUUUUGGAUUAAGUUGAUGUUAAAUGGUUUACAAACAUUUUGUGGAGCUCAAGUGAUCCGUUAGGUUUGUUUUGUUUCAAAAGCAUUAGUUUAACUCAUCUUGGUAAAUUUGUUGUUGCUCAGAUUCAAUACUAAGGUACACUUUCCUGUUUGGAGCAAUCGGGGAACCUGACAGUAGAGUUCUAAUCCAACAGUGUGUGACGAGCUAAAGUCACUCCUUCUCUUCCAAGCCCUUGAAAUUAUUCGUUUUGAUUUAUGCUGCUGUUAUAACAUAACAUUUUAUACACACUAUAUGGGCAAACGUUUGUGGACACCAGACCAUAUGCUUCGGAUGUGCUUUUUGAGCAUAUUACUCCACAUGUCCCCAUCCACUUGAAUUUGGAGUGUGGGUGUGGAGAUUUGUGCUCAUUCAACCACAAGGGCGUUAGUUGUCAGGUACUGAUGUAGGUGAAGAUUCCUGGGGUGCAGUCAGUGUUCCAAUUUUAUUCCAAAAGUGUUAAAUAGGGUUGAGUUGGCUUCUUUAUGCUUGUACAUCGAUAUGUGGUAAAAGUGGCGAUUUAACAGAAGUGACAAAAGGGAUGACAGGAUUUGCUCCCAAAAAGAGCGUUUUUUUUGUUUUUAUUUUACUUGCCAAUUUUCCAGUAACGGUAAAAAAAAUUCCAACAAGGAUUAAAUGGAUUCAGAAUCAGCUCAGCCAGUUGGCAGUCUAGAAAGUUCUGCUGCACCAGACAAUGCUAAUGCUGAAACUUGUAUGUAAAGAAAUUACUGCGAAAGUAAAUACAAAGAAGUCAGCCGAGAGGUUCAUUCGAAUCUGUUAUAACAUUGGUAAAAGACUGAAAACGUACGUCGUUCAGGGUGGAUUUUCCUUUUAAGCGCCGCGAUGCUGCUAAAAGUCAAAAUAAGCUCAAAAUGCCAGACAUAACAGACCGAUGUCAGAACAAAAUAUUAAUCAGGCUCAGAAACCUAUGCUUAAUUGUUUAAUUUGCAUUCAUAUCACACACUUUGCUCCAGGCCUGUUAAUACAUAUCAGUGCAAGGGCAAGAGGAUUGAUUGGUGCACGAACAGAUGAAUCAAUCUGUUCUAAUUAAAGCAAUCUCAGUGAUACUUUAGAUUUUGGAAAACCUUUUUUUAUGUAUUUUUUCUAAUUUCAUGUGAAAUUAUUUUUUUUUAUUAACGCCGGUACUUUUAUUUAGAUUAAUUGAAGAGAUGAAUGAAGUCGUUGUCCAAAUGUACCAAAUCAAUCAAACGUUGACGAAUAGCUUUUUAUUUGAAAAUCAGAUUUGGUAGCGAAACGAUUGUGAUUUGGCGAACCUUAGCUCUUCUGAUAGAUCUUUGAUUAUGAUAUGACACUCGCUCCUCCGUUACUAACGUGUGAUCUACAAUGUGAUCUAGAAAUACACCGAUCAGGCAUUACAUUAUGACAUUAUGACUGGUGAAGUGAAAAACACUGAUUAUCUCAUCGUGGCACUUGUUAGUGGGUUGGAUAUUAUUAGGCAGCAAGUGAACAU